UUCUAACAGAAUGACCUAGCCUUAAUCCGAGGACCACAAAGAUAAGACGAACUUACAAAGGCAUAGUUAGCUGUGUUCCGUACUUUUAAUUGCUAGACUAGACUUUUGAGCCAGGAAGAGCGUUAAUGUUUUUGCGUGAAAACAUCGGCAGUUAAAUGUCUCUCAAAUCUUGUAUUGUUGCGUUGCCACUGGUAACCUUUUGUCUGAUAUAUAAAGUUGCCUGCUUGGUUGACCCGAUUGUCAAAAUUACGGAAACCAACCCGCCAGCAGAUCUAAUUACUCAUGCCGUCAAUGCCAAUCAAGGAGCAGACGUUCAGAUGAGCUGUAUGGUGCUGAAUAAACCUGAAAAUUAUGACGUCAAAUGGCUUCUCAUUACCAAUAUAUCUAGUGAGAUUCGUUUAAAUUCAAUUUCAACGGACACAAGAUCAUAUAAUGCAAACAAGUGGACCAUUGACAAGCCAACACCUACUACUUGGCGCUUAAAAAUCCAUAAUGUACAAGAUACAGAUGAAGGAACUUACGAAUGCAGACUUCAGGUCUUUGUACAGAACUGGAUCCUAUUUCCCAUUAAUCUUCAUGUAGUGAAAUCAGCUGACGUCCAACAGAUUUGCGACAAUGCUUGUUUGGACGUCUACUCACCGGUGUGUGGCUCAGACGGGAGGACCUACAGCAACGGCUGCUACCUGAGCUUAGCCAACUGCGGUAGGCCGGCGGCUGUUCACGUGACUCUGGCCAGUCAAGGUGCGUGUGGUGCUGCAGUUGUGGAUGUGGCUUAAGUGGAGGUCGUACAGGUCGAGAGAAAAACGUGUGACUUAUUUUGUGCUAAAAAUAAAUGCACAAUGUCUGCAGGUUGAACUUUGACCUUAACAUGUGACUAAAAAUAAAUGAACACUGUAUGCCUGUUGAA